AAUAAAAUUUUUAACUAAAAAGGUUAUUGACAUUACCAAAAUAUUUUUGACAUGAAUAAUGGAUUUGGAACAAUGGAGAACCUGGCAGAAAUGUUUCGAUGUUUUAUUUGUAUGGAGCGUGUUAAAGAUGCAAGAAUAUGUCCUCACUGUUCAAAGCUUUGUUGCUUUCUCUGUAUUCGACGAUGGCUAACAGAGCAGCGACCACAGUGCCCUCAUUGCAGAGCUUGUUUACAUUUGCAUGAACUUGUUCAAUGUCGUUGGGUGGAAGAUGUAACUGAGCAAAUAGACAACUUGCAAACAACACAAUUGAGCACAAGCAAAGAACAACAAGAAAAUAAAGAUAGAAACUGUGCAACACAUAAUGAAAAGCUCAGUGUGUUUUGUGAAACAUGUAUGGCGUGCAUAUGUCAUAUGUGUGCACUUUGGGGAGGAAAGCAUUCUCAACAUAGUUUUAAACCAUUGGAUGUUGUUUAUGAAAGCAGGGUUGUACAAAUUACUGAGCAGAUAACUGGUUUGCGUAGAAGACUUAUGGAGUUAAUAAGUUUGGUUCAAGAAGUGGAAAAAAAUGUUGAAAGUGUCAGAAAUGCAAAGGAAGAAAAAGUUCGAGAGAUUCGCAAUGCAGUAGAAUUAAUGAUUGCCAGGCUUGAUACUCAACUCAAAAAUAAGCUGUUAACUUUAAUGGGUCAAAAGAAUGCAUUAACCCAAGAAACAGAGUUGUUAGAAUCACUGCUUCAGGAAGUGGAACAUCAAUUGCGAAUUUCAACAAAAAAUUCUUUAAUCAACAAAAGCAAUGAACUGUUACAAAUGUUUCAACAGGUGCACAGAAAACCAAUGGCUUCAUUUGUUACUGCCUCCAUUCCAGCUGACUUUAAUAGUGAAAUCGUUCCACCAUAUGAUUCAAGCAUGUUUAGUAUACAAUGCUUCAGUAAAUUACGUCAAAAAGGGGAUCCUGUUUACAGUGAUCCUUUAAAUAUUAAUGGUCUCAGUUGGAGGCUCAAAGUUUAUCCUGAUGGUAAUGGUGUUGUGAGAGGAAAUUAUUUAUCUGUAUUUUUAGAGUUAACCUCAGGUCUUCCCGAAACAUCUAAAUAUGAAUACAGAGUUGAGAUGGUUCAUCAACUAUGUCAAGAUAAUUCUAAAAAUAUUGUCAGAGAAUUCGCUUCUGAUUUUGAAGUUGGGGAAUGCUGGGGUUACAAUCGUUUCUUUCGACUGGAUUUGUUAGCUAAUGAAGGUUAUUUAAAUAUAGAAAGUGACAAUAUCUUGUUAAGCUUUCAAGUUCGUGCUCCUACUUUUCAUCAAAAGUGCCGAGAUCAGCAAUGGCAUAUUUCAUACUUAGAGUCACAAUCAAAGCAAUACAUUGCACAAGUUAAUGAAUUAAAAGAUAGAUUAGCUAUUGAACUUUCAAGAAAUCAUUGUGCUGCAGUAACAGCUUCUGCUGUUAUGUCAGCACGUGUACAAGCUGCAGGCGAUUUGAGUUUUAUUUCAUUAUUGGAGCAAUCAAUUGAUCAAAGUUUAGAAAAUGAAUCACUUGUUCCGUGUCAUUUAAAAGAUGGUUCCAAGCAACAAAGGUUACUUAGUAAAAGAGAUAGCUCAAAUGGAAAAAGGAAUUCAUUUGAAAAACAGCAAAAACAUGAAAAUGAUGAUUUAUCUAAUAUUCAAGCAAGCUUUCAAAAAGAAAUUUCUUCAUCUGAUGGAAGUGAUGUUGAUGAAGAUAAUCCCUAUGAGGAUCUUGAAGAUCAAUCAGACACAAGUGAUGGAACUAUUGAAGAAAAUGACGAUUAUCUGCAUGAAGGAGAGCAUGAUGUUCAAGAUGAAGAGAGGUGUAAUAUGAAUGAUGUAGAUGAGCAGCAACAGCAUGAUCCUAUUCGUUACCUUAAUGAUUUAAGUUUAAAUGAACAAAGUCUGUUAUCAAUUCCUCCUUCAACAGCCAUGCUUGACCAUUCUAUUUCCACAAUGACAAAUCACAGUUUCAGUUGUGUAGAUCCCGAAGAGAGAGCUUUACUUGAGUUACUAGAAAUAGAAGAGAAAGACACUAGUUUAAUAAAUCCUGACUUUCGCUUAUAUCCGAACAGUUCAAUUAAUACUUCUAAAAUUUUAGGCAGCUUGUUUAGUUCAGUUGCUUAUCAAAACUAUUACCAGGAAUCUCGAUCUCCUGAUGAAGAGCAUAACAAUAUUGAUCUUGAUGUUAGAUCUGACAAUCAAAAUAGAUUUGAGUUUAAUAAAAGAUUUUUGAACAAAAGUGGAUUUAAUUUCACAUUAGCUAACAUAAAAAAAGCAGUCAGUAAUGCUCUUCAAUUAUCACCUAACUGCUCAUCGCAUGAGAGAUCUGAACAUAGUAGUUUUACAUAUGCAUCAGACAGUAACUUAAACAAGGUGUUCAAAGGUGAGGAUACCAAGCCUGUACUGCUAAAUCUAGAUGUGGACAAAUGUAUGCAAGAUAGUAAGCAAGAGUCUGCUAACACUGAAUCUUACGUUUCCUUAGAUCUUGGUGGUGUAAAACUUCGACGACCUACCAACACAAACUGUAAAAGGGAGCAAAAAGCUGUUGAAACUCGAUUAAAUAAAGCAAAAUCUACAGCAAGUUGCCUCGAAAAAGAGUUUCAAGGUUUGGAAAAAUGGACAUCGCAACUUUUAUCAGACUUGAAAACUUCUGCUGAAAAUCCUCCUAAUGAAAGAACUUUAAAUAAUGAUUACGAAUCUGACUAUUCAUCAGACAUACAAAAAAACAAUGACCCUUACCACCCUGAAGGGGUGUCAGCUCUUACUGACACCGAUUGGAUUGUUGAUUGUGCUAAUCCAACGGACGAUUCCACAGAUAAAUGAAUGGUUACGAUAUCGAUUACAACGUAAUCGUCAAAAUGCGUGAACUUAAUUGUACUUAUUUUGUACGUUACGGUAUUUUCGUAUUUUCUGCUCGUUAGAAUAACAAAGAAAUGCAAAC